AUGACUGAACAUGUAGGCCCUUGCAGCCUUUUAAUUGUCUCCACCAUUGAUGUGGGCACCGCUUCACCUGUGUUCCUCUCAAUUUCCACCUCAAAAGCCGCCUGGGGGAAAACACUCUGCCUCUGCCGUGCCUCGGCUUUUCCAUCGUUAUCACCCUGCUUGGUGGGCAUCCCCACUUCCUCUGUGCUGUCUGUUUCUUAUAGACGCCUGCGUGCACCUUCCUCACCUGUACCUGGUCUGUUGGCCCUUACUGGCAUUGUCUCAGCACCCCCCAGUCCUCUGCCGAGUGCCAGCAAUACUCUUGUGGUGGUUGCAGCUAUGAGCAAAGCAUGGUCGCCUAUAGGAUCCCCUCGCGCACACUCAUAUGAGGAUAUAGGAAUCAUUGACCUCAGCUCAGUAUUAGGUGUUAUUUUGGGGCCACCCGAGAUCACAAGGAAUGAGAAAGCAAAGAAGUUCAUGAGAGUGCCGCUUGGGAGCAGCAUUAUGCAUGUUCGAGGUUCCAGGCUCUGGAAUGUGUCAGUUUGGCGCCUAGCUCGUUGCAGGCUUGACUUUCCAUAUUUCUAUGGAGACACUUGCCAAAAGUGUGUCAAGCGUGCUGCUGCGAAGUCCGAAGUUGAACGUGGGGAUGUCGAGCACCAGCCGCAAUGCUUAGGCUGCUCUGUUAUUUACCUUUUCAUGAAACAUGAGUGGUGUGGUGCCUGCAUCCAGAAAGAGCUGGAUGCCAACAGUGAGGAACCUCUAUAUCUUCUUUGGUGUCUAUCUGUAAUCAUUUCACCUUUUUUUCAAGAAGAUUUGAGAACAGGUCUUAUUGGGCAUGCUGCAGAAUAUCAAAAAACAGCAUCCGAUCAUCGCCUCAACCAAGCUGCAAGCAAGCAAAAUCCUCAGCUCCAACAAGCAACUUGGAUGAAGGAGCAACUAGCGAUGGUUUGCAAGGCUUCAAAAGUUGACACAUAUACAACUGAAAUCUCGUUAUGGAUCUAUCUGCUGGGCAGAAAGGCUGCCAAACAGGCGCAGACAUUACCUCUUCAUUGGAUCUGGAAGGGAAGUGAAUUGGCAAAAGAUGUUCUUGAGUUUGCCAAGGCCGAGUUGAAGAAGGCUCACAACAAUGUAAUCUCGGCACAGCAGUCAACUCCCAUUCCACUGAAUUUGCAGAGUAGGCUUUUUUUUGUGAUGAAUCUUUACUCUCUGAACAGUGUUUAUCAUAGCGUACAAUUCGGACUCUUGGCAAACAAAACUGUUCACCACUUUGAACCCACUGAAACUCACUUAGUCGGAAUGGUGCAUGCAAUGUUCAAAAGCUUGAAGCUUGACUCAAAACUCAGUGCGAGCGAUGUGAAGGAGAUAGUGUUUUAA